AUGACUAAUAUUCCCAUUCCCACAACUAGUCCUCAACAAGGUGACAUCAGUUCCUCCGAUGGACCAGAUCACAUCAACCAAGUUCAAACAUCAGGCCAUGGUAGUACCCUACCUAUUAAUUUGGAACCAUCUCCAAUUAUACCUAAUCAAAGCAACCUAAUAGGCGAAGUUAAAUGUAGCAGUACCCGUGAGCCACAGACGCUUCUUACUAUUUUUCCCACUGGGUUAGAACGUUCAAGAGAAUACUCUGAAUUAUUCUACUGGGAUUCUUCAAUUAAUAUUGUUGUGUGGAACCAAUGGGAUCAUAGGGCAGCAAAACGAUAUAAUGAUUUUAUUAGCAAACUUAAAAAAAAUGGGGUGCAACGGAAAUCUCUUCCAAAUGAUGUGCGGCAAAGUUGGAUGAGACGUUUGAAAGAUCCUAAGUGUGUUGAAAAGUCAGAGAUAAAUGCAAACAAUCGUUAUGGUAAUGAGAGCGGAGUUGCUACUGGGACUCACACGGGUGGCUCUAUCAGUGUUGGGGAGUAUCACAAGAGACUUGCUAUUAAAAUGGGUCGAGAUCCAACACCAAGUGAGAUAUAUUUGCACGUCCAUACACAAGGUAAUGAUGGAAAAUCUUGUGUUGGUGAGAAAUCCCGAAUCAUACAUUAUCAGAAAAUAUUACAACAACAAACACAGAGUCAAUCUGAUAUUGAUAAAUGUAAAGCAUAUUACGAGGCUGCGGGAGUAGAAAAGAAAAGAACAGUAUAUGGUAUUGGAUUUCAAGCAAAAUGCUACUACGUGCCGAAUCUUCGUGACUCUUAUGGAUCUGGUGCAACUUCCUCAGCAACACCUUCAAAUGCUCAAUCGACACCGAUAGGGAAUAUGGAUGAGUUAGUGACACGAUUGAUUCAUGUACUGACAGAUCAUAUAGUUCAUAUAAUCGUUGAGCGGGCACGCUAAUUAGUUUCUUUACCCUCGCAUCAGCAAAAUAUUGAUCUUACUAACCACCAAUCAGAUGUGGCACCUACAGUUCCUACCUCUUCUACUGCUGCUAACAUUGAUGAGGUUCAUGCAUUGGAUUUUGAUGAUGACCAUGACUCUCCAGCCUCGCAUAGUUAGCCUAUUUUGUUUAGACUUUAUUGCUGGUGCUUGUGAAA